CCUUAAAUACUUUGGAAAUUAUAAUGCAUGACAAUUUUAAAGAAUUAUUAGACGUUCGUAAAUCCUUAAAUAGCAAAUUUUUUGGAAUUGUUGAAGAAGGACAAAGAGAAGACAACAAAAAAACGAGCGGACAACCCAAAAACCUUUCUCAAACACUACAAAAUGGAGCAGAAAAUAAUCCCGACCAAAACAUUUUCAAUCCUCAAAAUUUAGACGAACGAGAAAAAAACAUUUUACAGCAAAGUCAGGAAGUAGUCCCGCCAAAUAAAAUAAAGGAGAAAUUCGUUAUCAAAAUAUUGCGACAAAAAAUUAAACCCCAAAAUUUUUCUUUACGGAUAAUUGAAAUCAAAGGGCUAGAAUUUAUUAUUGAAGCAACUCAACAACUUCCUAAGGAAGAAAAAAUAAAAAGUCAAUUGAUUGGUCUUAUUUUUCGUAAAUGCUUGUUUAUUAAUUCAUCCAAUUUUACAGAAAUAGAAUCAGCCUGUCGUUUAGUAGAAAAAUUUCUCCAAAUUG